GGCUUGAGCCAUACAGGUAGGUCACCCGCUCCCAUUCGGGCUUCCACGCUGCACUCCCUAAAAAAAACUCCACCCGCACAGCAGCCAGAGCGGCGAGCUGCUCACCGGCGAAGCGCGGCGCGGACGGCCAAUCGACCCCGCUCCCGGCGCGAUCUCUCCGGACUGAUGGAAGCAGACAAGAAACCACGCUCGCAGCCCCGGUCACCGUGGUCAGACCUCCCGCUGGACAUAGGAGGCGUGGUGUUCAGCCGGCUCCCCCGGUACGCCGACCGCGCCGCCUUUGCUCUGGUGUGCCCGCAGUGGCGUGACGCCGCGAGGCGGCAGGUCCUGACCCUGCCACUGCCGGUGCUCGCGCUCCCAGACGUCACCUUCUACAGCAUCUUCUACCCUACGCUCUAUUCCUUCCCUGGCUGCGGCUUCGCGGGGUACGAGAGUGUCUGUGACAGCUGGCUCGUGUUCCCACGUGACGACGGCUGCUUCCUGGUCAAUCCAUUCUCCAGGGCCACCUUCAUGCUCCCUGCUCUCUCCAGCGUCCGACUCCGGCCUCCAAAUGCAGUCGCUAAGUGGUCACUCGAGGAUGGGUCAAAAGUUGCUGACCCUUACACCACAUGGAUGCAUAUCAAUACGGAAAAGCUGCACAUAAGUAAGCUACUCCUGUGCUCGCCAAACCUUGUUGCUGCACUGGUUGGCAUUGGACACACCAGCCAGAUUCUAAUGUGCCAGCCAGGGGCCUCGUCGUGGUCAGUGCGUGCUUAUGAUCAGUGUAAGGGGUUCGAAGACAUGGCAUUCUACCAGGGAAAGCUCUACGCCAUUGCCAAUGACGAGAACCUCCUUGUGGUGAACAUCAGCCAGGACCAUAGCACCGGCGAUCCACAGGUUUCUCGGAUUGGACAAAUCAUCAAGGGUGAGCCAUGGUAUCCAGCUGUGUUUGAGGACGACACUAUGUGCUGCAAGAAGCUUUACCUGGUUGAAUCGCAUGGGGUGUUGCUGAUGGCACGAAGGACAAUCAUGUGCCAGGUACCUGGACCUGGAGCGGUGCCUAUUGAAGUUGCUGGACUGACUGGGUUUGAGGUUUACAAGGCCGACUUUGAGCAUUCACGGUGGGUCAAGGUGUCGACCGUGGGGGAUGACCAACUGCUGUUUCUAGGGCGAAGGUGCUCCAGGGCCAUGUCUGUGUCUCAGUACGGGUUGCCUGGUGAUUAUAUCCUCUUCUUGGAUGAUGAUGAGGAGAAUCGUAUGGACUACUGCUACGACAGGGAGAACACUUCUUUCGGCGCCUAUAAAAUGGGAUCCGACGGUGUCCUUUUCCCUCAUCCCUAUAUCUCCUGGAAGCUUUGCGAUGAGAUGCGUCUGGCUGCAUGGCUCUUCCCUCGGGACCGAUGAGAAUGAGUCGUAAUGCUAUAUAUAUGCAAGCUGCUCCCAGGUUAUCUGGCCAUGCUAUAAAUGUUGUUGUUCCGGGGUUAUUUUGCAACCUGCUCAUAGGUUAUCUAUAUAUCUGACGGUGGUAUAUAUGUAUGGUGGUUGGUAUAGUGUUCACUGGUUUACCUACAAGACGUGAAAUGCGUUAGUAGUAUUGCUACUAUCUAUCUAUCUGAACUUUGUUA